UAUAUUUAGGUUGGCUUAAUCUAAUUUCAACAUGAAUAAAUUAGGGUCUAGAGCACAGUAGAAUAAAUGAUUCCAGAGAGAAGAAAUGAACCCUGAUAGAGUAAUAAUCUCUCUCCCUUUAAUAUUAUAGAAACGCAAUGUCAGUGAUGUUAUUAUGGUGUUGAUGUAAUAUCUCUUCUUCUGAUUCAUUUUAUGCAUAUGCUGGUUUAUACUAUCAGAAACAUUUUUUUGUUUUUCUUGUCGAUUUUUACCUGUCGCAUCAUCUCUAGCUGAUAGUAUCAUCUCUGUACCUGUAUCUACAUAAACUACAGUUUCAGAAGUUUCAAGAUUGCCUUGCUUUAAUUUGGCGCGACGAUGAAGGAAUCAAGCAAAGGUGUACUUUUGGAUCCUGAUGACAGCAAUUAGCAAUUGUAAGUACAGCAUGGCACCACUAAUGUUAAAUGCUACGCAAAACAUAAAGAAGAUAAAAAAUGCCACAUAAUUGAGGAAAUCAGAAGCAAAUCAACAACAUUGUUCUGUUUACUCUAAACACCCCACCAAGAUGUCUUUUCGUUCAUUGGAUGUACUCUAAACUAUAUUAACAAUUUCAAGUGAAUAUAACCAACUUACGUGUAUAAAAAACAGGUCCAUGAACUUGUUCUCUCUCUCUCUCUCUCUGCAGUCCAUUAUUAUUAAUCGUUUAUUCGUAUUAUUUUGUACCGGCUUAAUCAGUGAACAUGUCUGUAUGCCUAAGACAAUCUUCCAGUUUAAGCUUGUGAUAUGGAUUGAUGGUCAACACGCUAAAAUAGAUAUUGUACUUGAGCUCAAGGGUUUACUUUUGGCUUUAGCAUCUGUUUAUACCCGGGAAGGCAUAAGACAAUCUAGUAUUUUGUUAGUGCUCUGAUGAAUUCCUUUUCAGCUUCAGCUUUUGAUAAAUUGCAAUUUCUGUCUUCUUCCAAUUGUUCUUUUGCUAACUCUGCUGUGUUUAUCAUAACACUGAAUGCAAAGUCAGUGAAUCCGCCAAAAUGAUCAGCAAACAAUAAGCCUUGUCUCGGCAUAAUAUACAUUAUUUACUACUCCAUAUUUAUUAAAUUUUAGACGUCUGAUUUAAAAAUCCACGAAUGGAUGACUACUGACUCAAAAAUGUAAUUUUGCUGUUCCACUACAGCUUUGACGAAAUUUCAAGUGGAGUCAUUAUGGGAUUUCGAAUAGCUUAAAUUUUGUUUUUGGCAUGUCUUUGUUUACAAACCUAAGUUGAAAGAGUUGCUUCCUAAGACAAACUCGGCCAGCUUUGAAGGGACCAGGGGUGCUGCAAGACUUCCUUUUUCCGGUGUGACUGUACCAGCAGAAAGCUAUUUUGUCAUUUCCUUUUCAAACAAUCGCGUACAAAUGGGGAGACAACCUUGCUGUGACAAAGUUGGGUUGAAGAGAGGUCCAUGGACUACAGAAGAAGAUUGCAAACUCAUGAAUUUUAUCCUUGAGAAUGGCAUACAGUGUUGGAGAACAAUCCCCAAGCUCGCAGGAUUGCUAAGAUGCGGAAAAAGUUGUAGAUUAAGAUGGAUCAAUUAUUUGAGGCCUGAUCUUAAGAGGGGGAUGCUAUCUGAAGCGGAACAGAAUAAAAUUAUAGAACUCCAUGCUCGUCUUGGCAACAGGUGGUCUAAGAUUGCAUCUCAUUUUCCUGGCCGCACUGAUAAUGAAAUCAAGAACCACUGGAACACCCAUAUCAAGAAAAGGCUCAAAGCUAGUGGAGUAUACUCUGUGGCACACCAACAGGUUGAGCCUAGAGAGAAAGCGGAACUGAUUCUUGGGACAAUGCCGGAGUCCAUUUUACAUAUUCCUGACACCGAGCCAAAAACUAAUGAGAUAUAUGAGAGACAAAAUAAAAUCGACAUAUCAUCAGAUGAAUCCACCUUCCUCUUGAACAACUAUGAAAUAAUGUGUGGAAGCUUGGAUGUCGUAUCACUGAUGAACCAGGUAGCCAACACCUCUGCUUCUUACAGCCCUUCCUUCUCUGUAGAAGAAUCUUCGAGCAACCCCUCAAUUGGAGAAUCCUCUUACACCCAAGGAGAUUCUGCACAACAGUGGGGACAAUCCACGGAUGCCAUGCUGUCGUGGGAUGCUUUUAAUCAAUUAGAAGAAGAGCUUUUCUAUUUCAGUAAGUCCAUUUAGAUAAUUUAGUUCCAGUAACCACCCUGUACCAAUUCUAUUACAUUUUUAAAGAUAAUCAUUAGCUGUGAUUUAUUUAAGAAGAUGUGUGUUGCAGUUGCUCCGCGAGGUUCAUGUGAUCUUACUGUUUAUUCAUGACAAGAGGACUUGGCAUAUUCAAUAUGUUGUUGCUUUCUGUUUGCACCUUGCACCUAAGAUGAUAUUUCUGGUUUAAAAUUGUGAUACAAUGGAAGAGCACCACAGCUCUUUCUUAAAGGGUUUUUCUUUUUUUCAUUUCAUAAAAUCCGAAGGUAUUCCAUUCGGAUUUUAAAAAAUGUAUUUAAAAUUCUUCUAGAAUUCCGGGUCCUGGUUCCCAGUGUCUUGAAAAUG